UUACGUUUGUCAAAAUCUCGUAGCGUGCACAUGCUGAUGGUCGUGUUUACAAAAAAAUAAAAUUGUAUUUUCUUUUUGUUAUUUCAAAUGAUUUUUUCCCAAAAGUUUAAUACAAUUCGAAAAUGAAAAUAAACAGAUUCAAAAAGUCGCAAAAGAUUUUAUCUUUUUUCACAACAAAUUUCCAGUAUCACGAACCAUAUCAAGUUUUAAUUGAUGCAACAUUUUGUCAAGCUGCUCUACAGAACAAAGUAAUAAUAGAAGAACAACUAAAGAAAUACUUUCAAUCUGAAUUAAAACUUCUUACAACACAAUGUGUUAUUUUGGAAGCUGAAAGUCUUGGUGGUCCUUUGACUGGCGCCACAAUGAUUGUAAAGAGAUUCUAUGUGCAUAAAUGCGGACACGAAGGGAAACCUAUUUCAGCAUCUGAAUGCAUUAAAUCAAUGACAAAAUCAAGUCGUUACAUUGUUGCUACACAAGAUAGAACUUUGCAACAAAAAUUGAGAAAAGUUCCCGGCCGAGCAUUGUUAUAUCUUCAUAAAGCUACACCUGUGUUGGAAGGUCCUUCAGAUGCAUCGAAAAAAUAUGUCAAUAAGCAUAAGAAUGAUUUGCCAGAAAAUAUUGAAAAACGGAUCGAUAAUUUGAAGAAAACAGCUGGAAUUCCAUCUGCUGAUGAUGAUACAAGCAAAGUGAAAAAAAAGAAAGGUCCUAAAAAUCCAAACCCAUUAUCGUGUAAAAAGAAAAAACCCCGAGCAAAUGCAGAGACAAAAGAAUCUUUAAAUAAAGUUACACCCACUAUCAAUAAACCAAAACGAAAAAGAAUAAAGAUUGCUAGUCAUGUAAAAGAGGUUUUAAAAAAGAAUAUUAAAAGUUAAUAAAAAUUGAUUAGAACUAUGAAA